UCUUCAUAGUUUUAUUUUCAACAACCCAAAAAAUUUUAAAAAAAUAAAACUGAAGAUUCCACCCCUUCAUUUUUCUUUUCCUUCAAAGAUAAAAUUUUCUUCCAGUUGUUUUGAAAUUGACAGGCAGAUCUUGUUCCACACAAAUUAAACAAAUUCAACUCCUAAUUCACCAUUUUCACAUCCCCCAUCUUCACCUUUUGUGUAAUUGGUACAGCUAAAAUGCUUGGGGAAGAGGAUUCAAGUGCUCAAGCAAAUUCCGCCGCGGUGGCCGCCAUGGCAACAACCCAUGAAGGUGGUGGUGGUGAUGAAGAAGAUAAGAUUAAUAGAAGUAUUGAUGAAGGUGAACGCAGUUGCGGUGGAAACCGGUGGCCUAGACAAGAGACCUUGGCCUUGUUGAAGAUACGUUCUGAUAUGGACCAACAAUUCCGUGAGUCCAGUCUCAAAGGUCCAUUGUGGGAAGAAGUUUCAAGGAAACUUGCCCAGCUUGGUUUCAAUAGGAGUGCCAAGAAAUGCAGAGAGAAAUUUGAGAAUGUUUUCAAGUACCAUAAGAGAACCAAAGAAGGUCGGAGUAGUAAAGCCGACGGCAAGACUUAUCGGUUUUUCGAUCAAUUAGCAGCCCUUGAAAAUCAUCCACGACCACCCCAACCACCACCACAAAAACCUCAAGUGGUGUCAAUGCCUUGGAAUAAUAAUAAUCCUCCUAGUACUGUGUCUCAUAUUACUGUUCCAUCAACAACAGCCACCACAAACCCUAUAAAUAUCUCUCAAAACAUUGUCACAGCACCACCAACAACAAACCCUACACUUCCUGCUCAAAACAAUAGUAUCUCCACUUCUAAUUUCCCAAACAUUUCUGCGAAUCUCUUUUCGAGUUCUACAUCUUCUUCAACAGCAUCAGAUGAGGAAUUCCAAGGGCAGGGAAAGAGAAAGAGGAGAUGGAAGGAUUUCUUUGAGAGGCUAACCAAGCAAGUGAUGAAGAAGCAGGAAGAGUUACAGUCGAGAUUCUUGGAAACGAUAGAGAAACGCCAACACGAUCGAAUGGUUAGAGAAGAAACAUGGAGGACGCAAGAAAUGUCAAGAAUCAAUAGAGAACAUGAGAUUUUAGUCCAAGAAAGAUCGGCCGCAGCAGCCAAAGAUGCAGCAGUGAUUGCAUUGUUACACCAAAUGUCCGGAUCACAACCACCGGCAUUUCAUCAAACACUUGGCAAUCCAGAAAAACCACCACCACCACUUCCUCCUCCGGCUCGACCACAUCAACACCAAUUGCCACCACCGCCCUCGGUGAAUUUCAAUACAACAAAAAGGGUUGAUAAUGGAGAGGAUAAUAGUAACAUUGAUGCAACUUCAACGUCUUCUAGAUGGCCAAAACCGGAAGUUGAAGCUCUAAUCAGUCUGCGAACCAGUCUUGACAUAAAGUACCAAGAAAAUGGACCGAAAGGGCCAUUAUGGGAUGAUAUUUCGGCUGGAAUGCGACAAUUGGGAUACAACAGAACUGCCAAAAGAUGCAAAGAAAAGUGGGAAAACAUAAACAAGUAUUUCAAGAAAGUGAAAGAGAGCAAUAAACAAAGGCCUGAAGAUUCCAAAACAUGCUCUUAUUUUCACCAGUUGGAUGCUCUAUACAAGGACAAGAUUAACAAUAACAACAACAAGGUGGGUGCUAAUUCUUCAAGUAAUUCUGGUGAUUUUGUUCUGAAGCCCAUUACUCCGAUUAUGGAGCCCUUGAUGGUCCGGCCAGAACAACAAUGGCCUCUUCAGCAAGAAAGUAAUACUAACCAGAUUCAAUCAAUAAUGGAGGAUAAUGAGAGGGGUGAUAUCAUGGAUCAGAAUCAAGAAGAGGAGACUGAAGAAGAUGGAGACACUGAUGACGACGACGACGAAGAUGCUCAGGGUUUUGAGUUGGUACCAAACAAACAAGUUUCAAUGGCCUCUACUACUGGUGAGUAAAACCAUGUUUAUACCAUUGCUGUAAAAAAAGAGAGAAAUUGGUCAUUUUCAACCCUCAAGUCUGGCUUGUCACAAUAAUCUUUUUAAACAAAAUUGUACCCUUUUUACAUUUUUUUACUGUUCAUACUUGAUAUGUUUACGUAGGGAUUCACAAAACAGAAAUAAAGAAAAGGCAGUGAUGUAUGUUUCUGCUGAUCAGUGGGUGUAAAUGGGAGAAUUGGUGUUUAGUGUAUGUUGUUUAUAGUGAUCAAUGGAGAUUAUUAUUAUAUAA